CCAGCCCCCCACCCUAGGGCCGCGUGCCCCAGGGCCCGGCUCUGAACCCCAGCACCGCCGCUCCCCCAGCAGACGGGGCCUGGGCGCUCAGAGGUGGCAGCUGGCCCUGGCCAAGGCCCCUGCACUCGAGGAAAGGAGAACCACAAACGCAGGACAGAGCCGCGGAGCUCACGGGAACAGCCUGCUGAUGGGCAUGGGGGCUACUCAAGUGAUGAGAACCUGGAGAGACCAGAUCCCUCUAAGGCGAAGGGACGUGGGUCAGGCACGCAGCCGCAGGCCGGGACCUGGCCCCGAGCCCAGAGGAGCUCCCAGCGCCCUACGGAGGAUGUAGAGUCUCCCAGACCAUGGGUGAAGUACAGAAGGGGUUGCUCGCUGUCAUCCAAAAGCUCAAGGGCUCCGUGGAGCAGGAACUGCGGAUCGUCCUGCUGGGGCUGGACAAUGCCGGAAAAACCACUCUGCUGAAGUGCCUGGCAUCGGAGGAGGUCAGCACCAUCACCCCCACGCAGGGGUUCAACAUAAAAAGUGUGCACUCACACGGCUUCAAGCUGAACGUCUGGGACAUCGGUGGGCAGCGUGCCAUCCGCCCCUACUGGAAGAAGUACCUGGGCAACACAGACACGCUGAUUUAUGUCAUUGACAGCGCUGACAAGAAACGCUUUGAGGAGACCGGGCAGGAGCUGGCGGAGCUGAUCGAGGAUGAGAGUCUCACCGGUGUCCCUUUGCUGGUGUUUGCCAACAAGCAGGAUCUGGCAAGUGCAGCACCAGCUGCAGAGAUCGCAGAGGGACUGAAGCUACCUACGUACCGGGACCGCCAAUGGCAAAUCCAGGCCUGCUCAGCCCUGUCUGGAGAAGGAGUCCAGGAUGGGAUGAACUGGAUUUGCAGCCAGAUCACAAGCCGGAAGAAGUGACUGAAUGGAGCUGCAGUUCGCACAGCCAGCUCACCCGCUCCGAGAGAUUCCCAGCAAUAGGCCCUCCCUGGAUCCCCAGGCACAGGCUGCUGAGCUCAAAGGGCCUUUGUCGGCCAAGCUCUCCUUGCUCAUCAGCUUCUCUGGAAUUCCUCACCCUCCUGGGUUUCAUUUGGUCACUGGUGUAUCUGCAGUUCCUGAAUUGUGGAGGGAGGGCAGCAUCAAGGGCUCCAGUGGAGCCAGGAGCAAGCCUCUAGACCAGCGUUUUUCAAAAUUCGGGUUGCGACCCAGUACUGGGUUGCUCUGGUCAGCACUGCCGACUGCUUCAUUAAAAGUCCUGUCGGUGGUGCUGCCCAGCCAAGGCACGCUAGUGCCUACCUGUUCCGACACCACACUG